AUGGCAACCAUCACUGCUGGCACUCUAAACUCAUCUGUCACCCGCGCGGGUCUCCUAUACAAGCCAUUGGUUAAGGUUUCAUCCUCACCUGUUCUUGGGUUGCCAGCAAUGAGAAAGAUGGGAAAAGUGAGAUGUUCGAUGGAGGGAAAGUCUUCAAAAUCAAUGCAGGAAAGUGACUCAAAGAUGGGCAUGGGAGCAUCAUUGAUUGCAGCGAUCUGCGCUGCAACCAUGUCAAGCCCAGCCAUGGCCCUAGUGGAUGAGAGAAUGUCCACUGAAGGGACAGGUCUUCCCUUUGGUUUGAGCAACAACCUUCUUGGUUGGAUCCUGCUUGGUGUGUUUGGUCUCAUUUGGGCUUUCUAUAUUAUUUACACAUCUUCUCUCGAAGAGGAUGAGGAGUCUGGAUUGUCCCUCUAA